GAUUGUUCCUUUAAAUGACCCGGAUGUAGAACCCGCCGCUGUAAACCGGAUAUUACCGCGCGGCUGGGGUCAGAAGUUCUCUCUUACAGCCAUCUUGGAUAUAGUGUCCCGAGUCGCAACCAUGCCUGGUGAAGCCACAGAAACGGUCCCAGUCACAGAGCAGGAGAUGCAGCAGCCUCAAGUGGAGACUGCUACACCUCCUGCCCCAGCUUCCUCCCAGAAACCCCAGGCAGCUUCUGGCCCUGCAAAGUCCAAAGGCAAAGAUGCCAAGGGUGCACAGGGUUCCUCUGCCCCAAAGGCUGUCCCCGGCAGAAGAAAACGAUCCUCUAUGUCUGCCUCUUCCUCUUCUCCCACCUCACCAAAAUCUACUUCCUCUACCCCUCUUUCACCCAUGCCAUCAUCUCCCCUAGCUGCCUCACCUGGCAGCUCUUCUGCUCAGGGUAACCGCUUCACCCCAAAAGUGGUCAAGGCUGGUAAACAAGGAAAAGUUCAGAAAGGGGAGGUGUUUGCGCCUGCUCCUGCACCCGAAGAGUGCAAGGUCCCAGCAGCAGCAGCAGAAAAACCAGCAGAGGCAGCCCCUAAGCAAACUGUAGUUGAAGCUAACCCUGCCCCAGUGGCUGCAAAGCCUGUUGCAGCCCCGCCUGCUUUUAAGAUUACCUCAAAGCCUGCUGUGGCAGCUCCAGUUUCAUUUUCAGGUACUAUUGCUUCUAGCCCUCCCAAAUCCGUUGAGAUUAUGGCACCAAAAGCUGCUCUUGCUCCUGUACCUGCUGAUGAUGAUCUCCCCCCACUUAUCCCCCCUGUAAAGCCAGUUCAAAGUCCUGUUGAGAAGGAGGCUGGAAAGCUUGCUAUAUCUCCUCCUAAGGUGGCGAUUGCCCCUGCAGAAGUUAAAGUAGCAUCCAAACCUGCUCCUGUUGAGCCUGUUAAACCAGCCGCUGAGCCCAAACCUGCUCCUGCUAAGCCAGUUGUGGAGGCUAAACCUGCUCCUGCUAAGCCAGUUGUGGAGGCUAAGCCUGCUCCUGCUAAGGCUAAGCCAGUUGCGGAGGCUAAGCCUGCUCCUGCUGAGGCUAAGCCAGUUGUGGAGGCUAAACCUGCUCCUGCUAAGCCAGUUGUGGAUGCUAAGCCUGCUCCUGCUGAGGCUAAGCUAGUUGUGGGGGCUAAACCCGCUCCUGCUGAGGCGGCUAAGCCAGCUGCUGAACCCAAACCCGCUCCUGCUGAGGCAGCUAAGCCAGCUGCUGAACCCAAACCCGCUCUUGCUGAGGCGACUAAGCCAGCUGCUGAACCCAAACCCGCUCCUGCUGAGGCGGCUAAGCCAGCUGCUGAACCCAAACCCGCUCUUGCUGAGGCGGCUAAGCCAGCUGCUGAACCCAAACCCGCUCCUGCUGAGGCGGCUAAGCCAGCUGCUGAACCCAAACCCGCUCCUGCUGAGGCGGCUAAGCCAGCUGCUGAACCCAAACCCGCUCCUGCUGAGGCGGCUAAGCCAGCUGCUGAACCCAAACCCGCUCCUGCUGAGGCGGCUAAGCCAGCUGCUGAACCCAAACCCGCUCCUGCUGAGGCGACUAAGCCAGCUGCUGAACCCAAACCCGCUCCUGCUGAGGCGGCUAAGCCAGCUGCUGAACCCAAACCCGCUCUUGCUGAGGCGGCUAAGCCAGCUGCUGAACCCAAACCCGCUCCUGCUGAGGCGGCUAAGCCAGCUGCUGAACCCAAACCCGCUCCUGCUGAGGCGGCUAAGCCAGCUGCUGAACCCAAACCCGCUCCUGCUGAGGCGGCUAAGCCAGCUGCUGAACCCAAACCCGCUCCUGCUGAGGCGGCUAAGCCAGCUGCUGAACCCAAACCCGCUCCUGCUGAGGCGGCUAAGCCAGCUGCUGAACCCAAACCCGCUCCUGCUGAGGCGGCUAAGCCAGCUGCUGAACCCAAACCCGCUCCUGCUGAGGCUGCUAAGCCAGCUGCUGAACCCAAACCCGCUCCUGCUAAGCCAGCUGCUGAACCCAAACCAGCUGCUGCUCCUAAACUAGCAGCCCCCGAGGCUGCUAAGCCAGCCCCUGUGGAGGCUGCUGAGCCAGUUACCCCAGCUAAGGUGAUCGAGGUUAAGGCGGCACCUGCUGAAGUUGCCAAGCCUUCCAAACCAGCAGUUGAGCCAGCUCCCUCUAAACCUGCUCCAGUUGAGCCAGCCAUUCCUGCCCCAGCUCCCCGUAAACUCACAUUUGCUGAGGCAGUUGCGUCACCUGCCCCUGUUAAACCUCAGGUAGAGGUAAUCAGUACAACUCCUUCUGAACCCGUCUCGGCACCCAAACCUGCCCCCACACCUGCUAAAACCCCAGCCAAGGUGGAGCCUGUGAUCAAGAACGACAAGGGAUCCGGCACUGAGUCAGACAGCGAUGACUCAGUCCCCGAGCUGGAGGAACAGGACUCUGCACAGACACAGACGCAGCAAGCUCAGCUUGCAGCAGCUGCCGAAAUAGACGAGGAACCUGUCAGCAAAGCCAAACAGAGCCGCAGUGAAAAGAAGGCACGAAAGGCAAUGUCAAAGCUUGGUCUCAGGCAGGUAACAGGAGUCACCAGAGUCACCAUUCGGAAGUCAAAGAACAUCCUGUUCGUCAUCACCAAACCAGACGUCUACAAGAGCCCCGCAUCAGACACAUACAUCGUCUUCGGUGAAGCCAAGAUCGAAGAUCUCUCCCAGCAAGCCCAGCUGGCCGCCGCAGAAAAAUUCAAGGUACAGGGAGAAGCUGUAUCAAACAUCCAGGAAAACACACAGACGCCAACAGUACAGGAGGAGAGUGAAGAAGAAGAGGUUGACGAGACCGGUGUUGAGGUCAAGGACAUCGAACUUGUCAUGUCACAAGCCAACGUGUCGCGGGCGAAGGCUGUACGCGCCCUGAAAAACAACAACAACGACAUUGUCAAUGCUAUUAUGGAGUUGACAAUGUAAUGGGACCCUGGAAAGGAAGGGUUGAAGAAAGGUUGCUGAUUUAAGCUCGUUUAUACAGUUUAUACCCAAGAUGGAAUUAAAGUUGUGGCUUGAUAAAAUGAAA